AUGCCAAGACGUUUAAAACCAAAGAUUGACAAUGAAAGUAUAGAAACAUUUAUUAAAACUACAGGUGCAUCUGCAAAAGUUGCCGAAUUUUAUUUAAAACAAUAUCCCGAUAUAAGUGAUGCAAUUAAUGCCUUCUUCGAUUCACCAAUUGAUUUAACCAAUAUGAAACCAUCUAAAACAAAGACAAAACAAAAAAGAAACACACAAUCAGCUCAAAUAAUUAAAGACACAUUCAAUAAAUAUCAAGUUAAUGGAGUUUUAAGAGAUGAUGGACUUUCUUCAUUCUUAAAAGAAUUAGGCAUGUCUGAAGAUGGGUAUAUAAAUUAUGUCCUUUCGUAUGCAGGAAAUACUAAGUCUUUUGCUAUUUUUAAAGAAGAUAAUAUUGAAGCAAUCAUCAAAAAAAUACCUUUUACUGGAAAAUAUUCAGAGGAUGUCAAAGAGUUUUAUGAGGAGACAAUCCCUAAAGAAUAUCAUAGAUUUUUAAUGUUUGUCCAUUCACAAUUAAAAGCAAUGAUUUAUGAACUUAAUAAAGAAAAUAAUUGUCUUGAAAAAAUCACUGAGAAAGAACUUAACAAAUCAUUUUGCAUUUCCCAAGAAGGUAGAGUUGAACUUAUUGACAUGGUUAAUGAUGUUUUGAAUGAUAUUUUACCUGAUUCAAUGAGUAAUUCUCCAGUGAACAAACUGUUUUGGGAUUUUGUCAAAACAGUAAAGAAACGAUUAUCAGUGACCAAAGAUGAAUUUUCAUUUAUUGUUGAUUUCUUAAAAGAGUUUCCAACAGUUUCAUCAAUGAAAUUAAGCCAAGAACAAAUUGAAGAAAAGUUGUAUCUUCCUCAAUUAUAUCAAGACUUUCUUGAAUAUAUUAAUAAACCACAAGACAAAGAAAACCAUUAA